AUGGAAUAUACAGGAGUCUGUGGAAAGUCACAGGGAGAAACUCUCCAACAGAAACUUGCUGAUGUGUUAGUGACUGAGGUGGAGGUGAAUGGGGUGAACGUGGAGGGCAUGCGUCAUGCGGAGGUCGUGGCCUUCAUAAAGAGAGGAGGAGAUGAGACCAGGCUGCUGGUGGUGGACCCUGACACAGACCAUCACUUUAAGAAGAUGGGUGUCACCCCAUUGGCCAGCCACGUUAAAGACUUUGACGGUCCGUCCAUAUCCAACGGCUCCCCCAGUCCUCAGAUCAACGGCAGCUUCACCAGCAGCUCCAUCCAGUCACACCACUCUGACCUGAGCAGUCCAGACAACAGCCUGCAGCUGGGAGAGGACGAGGCGAGCCGUCUGAUGGACCCGUUUGCUGAGAUCGGCCUGCUCCUGAGUCCCACUGCGGCUGAGGCCAAAGAGAAGGCCCACGCCAAGAGGGCCAAGAAGAGAGCCCCUCAGAUGGACUGGGACAAAAAACACCAGCUCUUCAGCAACUUCUGAACUUUUCUGCCACCCAAUGAGAGAAGCAGAAAGACUGUCGAAUUUGACAUAUCUGAAACUUACCUUCAACAUUCCUACCCGUUACCCCACCACCACCACUACCACCACCACCCCACCACCACCACUACCACCACCACCCCACCACCACUACCACCACCACCCCACCACCACCACUACCACCACUACCACCCAAUCCAACAGAAGAGAAUAUGCAGAUAGAAUGUUGUUCUUUGAACGUUGGCCAUCCAACACCGACUCCCCCCUGCUUCCAAAAUGGACGGGAUGGAAUGAUGGACAUCUCAUCCUUUACCCCUCCUUCAAUCCUCCCUUCUUCCACCCUUCUCUAUACCCUCAUCCCACCCAGAGAGAGCUUGUCUGCUGGACUGGACUGGAAUAAGAGACUCAAGAUUACCAGCUUCUUCUGAAUCCUCCCGUCAUCAUCAGUCUUUCCCUAAACCAUCCAAUGUCCCUCCUCUUCUACCACUAACUCCCACCUCCUCUGAGGACUGCUCUGGAGAGAGGAGGCACUUCUUUUGGUAUUUACAAAGUAGAAAAGCACCUUGAUAGGUGUUAGACCGCCCAGCUAUAACAAGUAUGGGGAAUAUGGACUAUGUGAGAUGUUUGUGAACACUGUGACCUGAUCUUAAACAUUGGGGUUUGUUUUGACCCUGUAAGAGAAGGAACGUACGCCCAAAGAUGGAUAAAACUCUUCCUCCCAUGAUCCUCCUGUGAUUUUAUUGUGUGACCGAUGCGCCUCAGACUUCAUGGAUUCACUCACCAGGAAAAGCACAAACUGGAGGCUGAAUAGCACUGCUUCUGUAUCAUCUCUGUUUGUAUUUGUAUCAAAGCAUCUGUUUUCUCACAAUGUCAUAACAUUUCCACUUUGCUCUCUAUGUUGGAUAUGAACUGGUAUUCAUAGAUGGUGUUAACAAUGCAUAGACAAUCAAAAGCCUUACUCCACCCAUCCCUCCUUCUCAAUAUAAUACCAUUUAAGAUACAUUGACUAAAUGCAUGCAUACAUGCACACACACAAGCCCCCUGUGAUUCUCUAGCCUAUAGGCCUGCUUCACUCAUUCUAAGGCAGUUUUAGUUUAUUUAAGGGACCCUUAUCUUUAUGACAUCAAUGACAUCCUCUCCAUUAUUUCAUAUCCCAAUGUCCCCGACAUAGAAAUAGAAUUACUAGAAUGGGAAUUCCUCAAGCAAGUUAAGAGUGAAUAGAUCAAGCGUUGAGUUUUUUUACACUGCCUGUCUAGUACACCAGGGGGUGCUAAUAAGACACACGGCAACAUGAAGCCACUCCAGUACACUGCUCAGAGAUGUAUGAGGAUUGGGACAUGAAAGUACCAUAGCAGGAGAAGAUCGUCUGGGGAUGAUAUGACCACUUUAAAGAUGUAUGAGAUCUAUGUAACACCUUGUAACAUUUACGUAAAGCCUGCAGGUAUGUGUUAUUACUAGUUAUGAGUAUCUAUCAUGCUUUACCUGUUAUAAGAAAAUAUAAUGCUGUAUUACUUGUUAUAAGCAAAUAUAAUGCUAUAUUACUUGUUAUAAGCAAAUAUAAUGCUACAUUACUUGUUAUGAGCAUCUAUAAUGCUGUAUUACUUGUUAUAAGCAAAUAUAAUGCUACAUUACUUGUUAUGAGCAUCUAUAAUGUUUUCUUACUUGCUAAAGUAUGAGCAUUGAUAAUGCUGCAUUACUUGUUAUGAGCAUCUAUAAUGCUGUAUUACUUGUUAUAAGCAAAUAUAACGCUACAUUACUUGUUAUGAGCAUCUAUAAUGUUUUCUUACUUGCUAAAGUAUGAGCAUUGAUAAUGCUGCAUUACUUGUUAUGAGCAUCUAUAAUGCUGUAUUACUUGUUAUAAGCAAAUAUAAUGCUACAUUACUUGUUAUGAGCAUCUAUAAUGUUUUCUUACUUGCUAAAGUAUGAGCAUUGAUAAUGCUGCAUUACUUGUUAUGAGCAUCUAUAAUGCUGCAUUACUUCUUAUGAACAUCUAUGAGCCGAACACCUUUAUAUGCAAAAGUAUAGAUACAAAUAAUGUAUGAAAUAACUAGAUGGAUAUUGUACGGGAUUGAAAGUGAGCCCAGCGUAUCAAAGAAAGCUUACAUCAUUCAGUGUUGAUGUGAUGUUGUGGUAAUGUUCUGCUCAUGUUGUGGUACAGUGAUGACAGACUGACAUAGUGCUUGUAUCAGCUACUCCAGACUGGGCUGUCUUUCUGUUUCACUUCAGAAGGGAAGGACACAGUUAUUUUUGUACAACAUGCCUGAAUGCUGUGGAUUGUGGAUCGGUUGUGGUAUCAGGGGCUUUGGUAUGUGAGUAUAGCCUGGUCGCAGAUCUAUUUGUGCGAUAUUGCCAACUCCUAUGGUCAUUAUCAAGAGGUGUCACACAACAAUAGCCAUAGGAGUUGGUAAGACAGCACAAACUGAUCUCGGAUCAGGUUAUUCUGAGCUAUGGGGCUAGGGGCUCUGAUCAGUGGGCCUGCCCAGUGGGGGCUGUGGUGGUGGGGCAGUGGGGUGUGUGGGAGAGGCCUAUCCUGGAGGUCAGACUCAGAGAUGCUCUAAUGAAUGAGACCAGGGGAGCAACAGGACUUACAGGAGAUUAGUCCUAGCAUAGGAUAGCAUGGGGACAGCUGUCCUGCACACAGACUCAGACACACCCCAGACCAAACCACUAUCACGCCUCAUAGGGGGGUGAAGGUCAAGUUUAUCUUAUUGUGUGUCUGUCAUCCACUGUUACGGAUAGUAAUCUCAGGUCCCCCCGGUCGUUCAUAUUGUGGUAGGAUCUACACAAAGAGAACACUCCCCAGACCAAACCACUGCUACAUCUCAUACGGGGGUGAAGGAAGAUAGAAGGGAAAGUUUGUCUCUGUGUCUCUAUUGUUACUAUUCACCCAGGGUCUGUAUAGUGCUGAUCUAGGAUCAGUUUUUGCCUUUAGAUCAUAAUUAAUAAGAUUAUAUGGACAGGAGGGACCUGAUACUAGUUCAGCACUGCUACUCUGAGACGCUUUCUGAAUACAGGCCCAGGUCCCCCUGGAGGUUCAUAUUGUGGUAGGGUCUGAAAUGCGGGUCCCUGGUUGGGCUCGGUCUGAGGUACAUGCCAGGGUCAGCUGUGCUAUGCGGCGCCGACACCACACUUAGGACGGAGAGAAAUGUCUGAUCUGUUUUCAUAUAUUGCACAAUUUAUUUUUGUUAAUACGCAUAUUGUCAUUACUAUUACUCAUAAUAGUACAGAUAAAACAUUUUUUAUUUCUCUGGUUUCCAUUUGUGAUCUAGCACCAAUGUGUUUGCAUAAGAGUUUUUACUAUUGCUCCAUAUGAUAAUCUGACCGUUAAACCCUGAGCAGAAUGGUAUAUGACCCAUGUAUAUUUACAUUUUAGUCAUUUGGCAGACGCUGUUAUCCAAAGCAGCUUAAAGGAGCAAUGUGGGGUUAAGUGCCUUGCUCAAAAGGUUGUUGACAGAUUUUUCACCUAGUUGGUUUGGAGAUUCCAACCAGUGACCUAUCGGUUACUGGCCCAAUGCUCUUAACCACUAGGCUACCUGCCUCCCUACAGUAUAUAUACGGCAGGUUGUAUUUUUUCAAUAAAGUUUGACAAUCUCCUUCUGGACUAUAUGA